UAAUGACAGAAAAAGUCAAAAUUCUUAUGUUAGGUGAAGGUGCUGUAGGCAAGUCAUCACUCUUAAAUCGUUAUGUUGAUGAAAAGUUUUCUGAAAAUAUAUAGGCUACAUUAGGAGUAGAGUAUAGAUAGAAAAUUCUUACUUAAGGAGAAAAUUAGGUGAUUGUUUAAGUUUGGGACACAGCAGGUAACUAAUGUAUAUAGUGUUUAGGUUAAGAAAGAUUUAGAGUUAUUACUCCAAUUUUUUAUAGAAAUGCAUAAGGUGUUUCUUUAGUUUAUAGUGUUGUAGAUAAAGACUCAUUUUAAUAAGUUUAAACUUGGAUUGAUAAUUUAAAAGAAUAAAUUGAUUGUGAAUAAAUCUCUAUUGUUUUAGUUGCAAAUAAGUGUGAUAUAUAAUAAAGAGAAGUAACUACUUUGGAAGGUUAACAAUUAGCUUAAAAAGUAUUUUCUUUUUAUAUCCAAGUAUUAAAUUAAAUAUUUUGAAUGUUCAGCAAGGACAGGAGCAUAAGUAAAGGAAAUGUAUACAGAAUUAGUUUAAUAAAUACUUAUUAGAAGAGGUUAAAAUAAUAAUUCUUAAAAUGGAGAAUAAAAAUAAUAAAAUAUUAAAUUAGAUGGAGGAGAAACAAAUUCAUAAAAAUGUUGUUGA